AUGGGCAAAAUAUCGCGGAACAAACGACCGAAAUCGCUCUCCCAUGGCAGGCCUCCGACAGUCCACAAGCCUGCUGCCUCCCUUUCGGCAAAGGCAACGAGGAAUUUAAUCCGAUCGCACCAUCAACUCCAAAAGUCGCGCGCCCGAGCUCUCGCGGACGGCAACGCGGACCUAGUUGGCGAGCUCGACAAGAAGAUUGCUGCUCUAGGUGGGCUUGAAAGCUAUCAAUUGGCCAGCAAGAAGGGGCAGUCGAAAGACCGAGGCGGCGAUUCCAGCAAGGUUCUCAUUGAAUGGCUGAAGCCUGAAUUGGAUCGGUUGAAGGGCUGCAAAUCCCGACUUCGUUUGCUUGAAGUCGGUGCGCUAUCUACCAGAAAUGCUUGCUCAGCCGUCAACUCCAUCGACGUUACUAGGAUUGAUCUCCAUUCCCAGGAACCUGGCAUUCUAGAGCAAGAUUUUAUGGAGAGGCCCUUGCCUACAAGCGAUCUCGAAAGAUUUCAUGUUAUCAGCCUGUCUUUGGUCCUGAAUUUUGUGCCCGAUCCUACAACUCGCGGAGAAAUGCUUUGGCGGACAACGGCCUUUUUAGACUCGACGCCCCCAACACCCAGUCAUGGCGACUUGCUCCCGUGCUUAUUUCUUGUUCUACCGGCCCCCUGUAUCUUGAACUCUCGAUAUUUUACGGAGAAUAGAUUACAGGCUAUAAUGUCGAGCCUGGGGUACACGAUGCUCAAAAGGAAAUUGACAUCGAAACUUAUAUAUCAGCUUUGGAAAUAUGAACGCCCUGUGCAUCCCCAGCGCCGCGAGUUCAAAAAAGAAAUGCUAAACCCUGGAGUGACCAGGAACAACUUCACAGUUGUAUAUAAACCCGCAAAAGACGCAAACUAG